UGAGGGUUUCGGAGAUGUUGUAAGGAAACCAGCUAAAAAUUGUGUAGCUAGUCUUCAUGUGGAAAAAUAAAGGAAAAUUAACACAGCAUCUGCAAGUUUCACUGGAGGUACGUUGACCACGCCCCUUUGUUUGCGACGCACAGAUUAAAUGAACGUUAAACUCGACGUCAAACUGGAAAUUCUGAUGCUGAAGAUGAAAAAUGCCUUUGCUGAGGAAAAUCAAUCGUGGACUUCUUAUUCUGCUGCUUCUGGUGGCUUUUGCUCUCCUGUACAAUAAGACCAGACUACAGACAUUGCCCAAGUAUUCAGUGCUCAAGAAAGAGGAGGCAGAUACAGGUGCGAAGGAUGAGGAAGAGGUGGACACUGAUGUUCCUGUGGUCCUCUGUGCCUCAGAAGAGCGUAUCGGCGCAUCUAUGACUGUCAUCAACAGCGUCUACAGCAACAGUCAAGCCAGAGUUUUCUUCUACAUUGUCACACUAAGAGAUGCCAUUAAAAAGAUAAGGGAAUACAUAGAGAAAACCAAGCUGAGAAAUAUCAGAUACAAGAUCCUAGAAUUCAAUCCAAUGGUUCUAAAGGGAAAAGUCAAUCCAGAUUCAUCCAGACCAGAACUUCUGCAUCCUCUUAACUUUGUGAGGUUCUACCUUCCGCUUCUUGCCAUUGAAAAUCACAAACGGAUUGUUUACCUGGAUGAUGAUGUCAUAGUCCAAGGAGAUAUACAGGAACUGUAUAACAUAAGGCUGAAAGAGGGUCACGCUGCUGCGUUUGCUUCAGACUGCGAUCUGCCUGACACACAUGAGAUGGUGCGCAGUGUGGGGAUGCAGACAACUUAUAUGGGUUUUCUGGACUACCGCAAAGAGGAAGUCCGAGAGCUGGGCAUCAAUCCCAGUGAAUGCUCCUUUAAUCCAGGUGUUUUUGUAGCGGACAUUGCUGAAUGGCAAAGGCAAAAGAUAACCAAACAGCUGGAGAAAUGGAUGGCUAAAAAUUUUAGGGAGAAUCUGUUUAGCAGUGCAGUGGCAGGAGGUGUGGCCACUCCUCCAAUGCUCAUCGUUUUUCAUGAUAAAUUUACAACAAUUGAUCCACUGUGGCACGUCAGACACCUCGGCUGGAGUCCUGAUACACAUUAUCCCAAGACCUUCCUCAAAAAGGCAAAGCUACUACACUGGAACGGCCAUUUCAAACCCUGGGACUACCCCUGCGUCCAUCUAGACCUCUGGGAAAAGUGGUUCAUCCCAGACCCCACAGGAAAAUUCACCCUGGUACGACCAAGACUAAAGAAAUCCUUAAAGGGGCAGUUCACCAAAUAAUGAAAAUUGUCAUAAUUUACUCAUCCUUUGAGUUUUAAUCUAGUUUUAUAGUUAAAAGAUUAUAUUUUGAAAAAUGUUGCCACCUGUAACCAUUGACU